AUUUUAAAAUAAAUCAUACAAGAUUUCAACAAGUGUCUCAUCAGAUACUGAAAUUCACUAAAAACAUAGUAUAUGGAUUGCUUUGUUUCAGUAACCACUUCAUUGGUCUUCUUCAUCCUCCUUUAUGGGGUUGCAAGAGUUUCCUAUUCCAUUUGGUUGGAACCCAAAAGCCAGGAAAGGCUAUUAAAGCGGCAAGGUAUCAGUGGCAGAGCUUACAAACUACUGGUUGGGGACAUGAAACAGUUCAUAAAGCAGAUAACUGAAGCUUGGUCUAAGCCUAUUAAUCUAUGUCACCACAUUGUUCCACGUGUUGACCCUUUCACACUUGAUAAUGUCCAGAAAUAUGGGAAGAUAUCAUAUUGUUGGACUGGAACAAGACCAAGGCUGAUUAUACAGGAUCCAGAAAUGAUGGAGGAGGUGUUAGCCAAUAAGCAAGGUCACUUCCAAAAGCCACCGCUGAAUCCACAAAUUCUCAUUCUAUCUAGAGGAAUCUCAACUCUUGAGGGAGAGCAGUGGUCUAAACGCAGAAAGAUGAUCAACCCUGCCUUUCAUCUCGAGAAACUCAAGGGGAUGGUUCCAAUAUUCUCAGUCAGUUGUGGACAGAUGAUUGAGCAGUGGAAGGAAAGGGCUAGUUUGCAAUCAAGUUGUGAGAUUGAUGUAUGGCCUGAACUUCAAAAGCUUACUGCUGAUGCUAUUUCCAGGACAGCAUUUGGAAGCAGCUAUGAAGAAGGGAAGAAAAUCUUUCAACUUCAAAAAGAGCUAAUUUCAUUGACUCUUGAAGCAAUGCAAUCAAUCUACAUUCCUGGCUUCAGAUUUAUUCCUACAAAAAAGAAUCAGAGGAGAAAGAAAUUGAACAAAGAAAUCACAUCAAUGCUAAGAAAUGUUAUCCAAAGGAAAGAGCACGCAAUGAAGACGGGACAAGCGAGGGCCAAUGACUUGCUAGGCAUGCUCUUGCAGCAUAAUAAUCAGUUUGCUGUUCUAGAAAACACAAAUGGAGCAGAAGGAAAGAUGACAAUUGAAGAUGUAAUAGAGGAAUGCAAGCAGUUCUACCUUGCUGGCCAAGAAACGGCUGCGAGCUUGCUAACAUGGACGAUAAUAGUCUUAGCUAUGCACCCAGAGUGGCAAGAAAAGGCUAGAGAGGAAGUCUUACAGGUUUGCGGCAAGGAGCUCGAAUUUGAAGCUAUAAACCACCUAAAGAUUGUAACGAUGAUACUUUAUGAAGUGUUGAGAUUGUAUCCACCUGUAAUAGCUAUAUAUCAACAUACUAACAAAGAAGCCCAGAUUAAAGAAAUCUCUGUUCCAGCUGGAGUUGAUCUAACGCUGCCCAUCCUGCUCGUAAAUCAUGAUCCUGGACUUUGGGGCGAAGAUGCUGAAGAAUUCAAGCCGGAGAGAUUUUCCCAAGGAGUUUCAAAGGCAUCGAAAGAUCAACUGGCGUUUUUCGCAUUCAGUUGGGGCCCGAGGACCUGUAUUGGGAAAAAUUUUGCUAUGAUUGAAGCUAAGGUCGCUUUGGCUAUGAUUCUACAGCACUUCUCAUUCAAGCUAUCACCUUCUUACUCUCAUGCUCCAUACACUGUUAUGACUCUUCAACCACAGCAUGGAGCACAAAUAAUCUUGCACCAAAUCUAGAUGGCAAGCUGAGGUUCCUAAUCAUAUGGCCUAUGGUGGAUUUCCAUUUCGAACAAGAGAAAGAAUUACAUUGAUUGUGUUGCAUUUUCUGUAUUGAGUGCUAAAUAGACAUUUUAUUUUCUAAA